AUGGAUACUGAAGGAAAUUCUAUUCAAGAACCGCUUGAAACACAGCCAACAGAUAACAGCGACGCCCCUCAAACUAACAAAAACUUUUCUGAUACAAUUCAAAAAGGAAUUCGCAAAAUCAGAUUUCUUGCUUCAAAUUUGACAAUUACUUCUGUAUUUUUAAUCAUUAAACUUUUCAUAUGCAUUUGGACAAUGAUAUUUUCAUUGAUGGAUUCGCACACAUUCGGCUGGUUUACUUCAUCAGUUGUAAUCAUUUUUGAUUUAUGGCAUACGCAAAGAAUUGCAAGCAAACAUCUUGCCGGUGUUAAAUAUUCAUGUAAAACAACACAAGAAGGUGAUUUCAAUUGGAAAUUUGAAACUUACCCUGAGGAUGAAAAUUACCAAAAGAAGCUCUUCUGGAUUACACUAUUAGUUAACAUCGGAUAUCUUUUUAUUUGCAUUGUUGUUACUUUGUCAAGAUUAAGUACAAUGUGGUGCUUCUUGUUCUUCCUUGCUCUUAUAGCUAAUAUAGUACAACUUGGUCUAUUAGCUAACUGUACAGACGUUAUUACGAACGCCAUUAGAAGAUAUAAAAAAUCAGAUGAUAAUGGUUUAGAGAGCGUCCAAAGGGAACAAGAAAACGAACUUUAA